AUGGCAGACACACAGAAUUACCCUCCACGGGUCUGUCGCAUCUGCUUAGAGAGCGUGCUGCCCACUUUUCAACCCUCGGAAUUUCUCCAGAAGCCUCGAGUGGUUUAUGAAUCAUCCGAUCCAGAAUCUGGCCGUCUGUUAAGUCCUUGUCAAUGCAAAGGCUCCUCGCGUUAUGUCCACGAGGGCUGCCUGCAGUCAUGGCGCCAUGCGGACCCCAGCUAUGGGAGAAGGAACUUUUGGCAAUGUCCCACGUGCGGCUUCCAGUAUCGGUUGGAACGUCUAACCUGGGCACGGUGGAUCAGUAGUGCCACUGCUCAACUAAUUCUCACAAUCGGCAUUCUGUUUUUAACCGUAUUUCUACUUGGAUUCAUUGCUGACCCCAUCAUUGAUUUUUACCUGGGCCCCGUGGAUGUUUACACUGAAUUGGUCGAGGAAGAUGCGUCCUGGUUAGAACACUUCCUUAAAGGGCUAGCAUCCUUGGGUCUGUUGUCAUUCCUGAAGGCAAUCUUCGCGCUCUCGCCUUUUCCUUGGAACCUACGGUCUGUGGCCUCAGGCCGCAAUUCAGGCCGUAACCGGGCCGCGCAGUUGAACUGGUUAGUGAUUAUGGUUGGCAUCGGUACCUUCCUAUGGGUAUGUGUGGUCACUUGUUGGAUAUCCGACCUAGCUAAUCGCAUCCAGGCUGUCUACAAAGGCGUCCGAUCAUGGAGUAGGCGCACUUUAGAGAAGGCUGGCGAACGUGUUAUGGACGUUCCCCUGCCAGGUGAUCAGAGUGAUACAGAUGUCCCACCAGGUGAUGGGGACGCUGAAUUGAAGAAAGACUAG